CCUCCAUCCCGUCUCUCCAGGUGUUCCAGAGGAGGAUGGACGGCUCUGUGAACUUCUACCGUCCCUGGGAUCAAUACAAGAUGGGCUUUGGUAACUCUGCUGGAGAGUACUGGCUCGGUCUCGAGACUCUUCAUAACCUGACUAAGGGAAAGAGCUACGAGCUGCUGGUCAACAUGGAGGACUUCGAUGGCAACAAAAUGUCAGCUCGUUACUCCUCGUUCUCCAUCGACUCAGAGUCCGAAGGGUACAGACUGCAUGUAUCUGGAUUUAUUUAUGGAGGGGCAGGAGAUGCCCUGAGUUAUCACAAUGGACAGAAGUUCUCCACCUUCGACAAAGACCAGGACCAGAAUUUCAAAAACUGUGCCAAAAUAUAUCUGGGGGCAUUCUGGUACAAUGCAUGUCACAGAACAAAUCCCAAUGGACUUUAUGGUUGGGGGCUGAGGAAUACACCUCAUGCUGCUGGAAUAAGUUGGUUCCCCUGGAAAGGUUAUGACUACUCCCUGAAGACCAUCAGCAUGAAGAUCCGUCCUGUGCGGUAGAUCUCCAGGACCCACGUACAGCAGAAUAUAAUCAGCUGAUCUCUUGUGAUUUUUUCCUUCUUUCUCUCAUUCAACAUAAUCUCAUGAUGGGCCUUAUUUUCCUAAAACUGCGCACAAACACAAUCCAUCAACACAAGAAAAUCAAAUAAUGUGUGUUAGUUUUGUUACCCUCUGUGGUGGCUUAAAGCAGGAACACAUUCAGUGUGACUUCAGUCCGUGUGCCGCAGUAGGAAAGUCAGGCCUGAAACCUUUAAAUAGAAACACAUAUAAAAAGUCUGAUUAAAUAUAAAUCACUGUAUCAACUUUCAACACAGUUUUAAAAGUGGAAAAAGUUAAAAGUUAAAAAGAAAUUUGCAUGUUGGUGAAGGUCUGAAACCCUGAUGUGAAUCAUUAUCAGCUGUACGGUGACAAUAAAUAAUAAGCAGAGCAUCAAA